AUGAGUAAUAGUGGAAAAACUUUAAAGUUUUUAGCAAAUAGUGUAUGGAGAGGUUCUUUAAAUGGUUCUGGUAUGACAACUAGUGGUGGAAAUGCAUUUAAAAAAGGUCUACCAUUAGAAGUACCAUCUUUAGCGAGAGGUUUACCAGAUUCAAAACAAGAUGAAAAUAAAACUAACCCUGAAGAACUUGUAGCCGCUGCACAUAGUGCUUGUUUUACUAUGACUUUAAGUGCUAUUUUAGGUGCACAUAAGUUAUCACCAAAGGAAAUAGAUACCAAAGGAACUUUAACAUUGGAAAAAAGACCAGAUGGUUUCAAAGUUUCAAGUAUUCAUUUAACUUGUAGUGGAAAUGUACCAGGUAUUGAUGAAAAUAAAUUCAAAGAAUAUGCCAACAUGGCAAAAAAGAAUUGUCCAAUGUCAAAGUUAUUUAAUAAUAAUUGUGAUAUUUCAUUAGAUGCAAAAUUAGUUUAG